AUGACUUCCCAUUUACUUCCGCCUGGCGCCAUCAGCGAUGACUCCUCCGACUCCGAUAGUCCCGCUACUCCGUCCGUCGAGAUAUUCCCACCUUAUUACUAUUGGAAUUCGCCAGCGCACGAUGUUGAACACGCGCCCCAAUUCGUCGACCGUGUCGCAGCUGGUGUCCAAGUGGCGCCGUUCGGAUAUGGGCAAGAAUUCCCCGCCACUGACUUUGCGGUGUCGGACGGCGGAGUCGCCUUCGGGGACGUGAACCGAGCCGGCUAUCAUUUAUUGGAUUCAACCUUUGUUGAUGCUUCGAGCAAGACUUUCUACAACCCCUCAGUUCCACUUUUGUCGGCUGAUCUUCGAGCAAGCCACGAUGGGUCGCGGUAUAACGAAGCUGUACCUUGUCUCGACGCCACUCUCUGGUCAAGCGGUCAGUAUUCUAGCGAUUAUUACGAUCACUUAGGGCAAGACUACACACGACCCCACGAUUUGGACGCGCUGAAUGAGGUAUCGGAGAGAAAUAUCUUGCGUUGUCAUGCAACACGAACACUAGAGAAUUGGCAUCAUUCGAACAGAUAUGCUGGCUACUCUCGUGAAUGUACUGGCUCUCAGUCUCAUCCCAAUCUCAACCGCGCGCCGCAAUCAACAGGCAGUGGAUACGUUCACGACCAAUACUACGGAUACGGAGAACAUGUAAACGACGGAUGUCUUCCCGACGGCGACGUUAUGGACGUUCCUGCGAUGUAUUAUACCUCGGAUGUUGGCUCUCCAGUGUCACAAGGCGAUUGCUUCCAAGACCACGAACUGGGAGUCGUGAGCCCGUCAGAUCCAACGUCGCAUUAUUCCUCAAGUCAAUUUGACCGUGGAGCUUGCGGGACAGCAGCGCUGCAAGCUCACAAUCAAGCUUUCGGCAGUGUUCGCGCAACAAAUAAUUUCACGCCAUGCGGCGAGUCCAUGAACACUCUAGACCAGUACAACAGCUUCGGGACCGAGGCUGUCCGAAUGCGUUCCGCGGAUGCUUAUUCGCGCCCGCAGUCUUCUGUCGCAAUGCCUCCGCUGGAUCCAAACGUGUUGUAUUGUGAUCGCGGUCUUCCUUCACAUAGAAGCAUUGAUUGUGACCCCGGUGACCGAGUGCCUUCGCCCCCACGCCGCUCGUAUGUGUUUCCGAGAUUCGAUCGCAACAAUAUAUACGAGCAUCCACCACCGGAUCUGUCGCACAUCCACGCUCCUCAGCCGCAGGCUCACCACGCCUUGGCGCAUGGUGUGAAGCAUGAGGCCACCGACGAGCCACUCUUAGAGACACUGCCUUCAUCAUCUCGCACGCUGCUGAUUUCUGGGCCAUCACCAGCACCCGCUCGCCUUGCGGCAACCCCGGAGGAAGACACUCCAAAGAAACCUCUCACUCUUGCAUGUUUCUUUUGUAGGAAGCGCAAGAUCGCUUGUGGGAGUCCGCCUCCUGGUCGCAAAGAUCGGACAUGCAACCAAUGUGCGCGUCGGAAGCUGAAAUGUGUGUACCCGGAAGUGUCGCGGCGCGGCAUGAGACCUAAGCUGAUGUAUGAGAAGGACUCGUUACCCGUACAUAUUCCUGUAAUCGUAUCGUGA